AUGAUAAAAGGACUUACUCAAGCCCGGCUGGUGAAAGGCCGCGCUGCUACCAGUUAUAGCUGGCAGAAUAAUACAGUACAGAACAGUAACAAUCAGUCGUACACGGAGCGCCUCCUGAGCCCGAGGCUGCCGGGCUCGGCUCGCCUUGGAAUGACUCUCUCGGCUCCUCUUCGUCGUCGGUCCAAUGUUGCUGCCUCGCCGCCUCGUUUCUCCGCGAUGGGUGGAGAAGACGAGCUUAUCUUGACAUCGGCUACGACUUCAAUCACGACGACUGCACCCAUCCGCAUUCCUGUCUCACUGCGUCAACAGACGUCAAGUCGGUUCAGCGCUCCUGACAACCAAUUUCAUACCGCCGACUUAGCUAACGAGAGACAAUUCGUCAUUGAUGACUUAACGAUCCGAUCGCAGUCAUCCUACGAACUCCUGAAGCAUGUUGCUGCAGAGAUCAUCUCAUUAUCGAAGGUUGGCGACCAUGCGUCCCGCAUGUUUUUGGCUCGCUGGGACAAUGCGUACCGAUGUCGGGGCGCAGGAUAA